CCCCCUCAGUCGCUAAUCUUGGACCUCACUGACAAGAAUUGGCGUUCAGUUUUCACCGAAGCUGAAUUGAAUGAGAUCAUAAACGAAGGUGGGCCACUUCAAUGUCAAGAACCAGAAUUUCUUAAAGAAUACUACAGAGAAUUAAAAGGCGUCAAAACAAGUGUCGAAGUUUUUAAAUAUGCCAGGAGCAUAGAAAUCGAUGACCCUUCCACCGAACAUCUAAAGGUGUGGUUCGCGACGGAACUACAAAACAUUGCACGUCUUUUUCUCAGAACCAAGUCAUUCAGCAUUACCAAUAUGCCCGAAACAGAUCAGCAGUACCUUCCAUUUGGGCUGCUUAAUACUAUAUUCCUUGGGUCUGACGUUGUAGCAAAAGGCACCGAGAUUUCGAGCGAAGCGAACGCCAAUGCCAUCAAUUCAUCCCGGCAAUUAUCAUCAAUCACUGCCAUCUCGAAUCGAAGGAUGGGUCGCAGGGGCGAUACAAUUUUUAAAUAUGGAUCGAAAGAGCUGGGAUGCUCUGAAGUUGGAGCCGCUCGUGAUCAAACGAAAGCGUUCCGUGACAGUGCGAUCAAGUUGCCUUUA